AUGUAUCUGCACAAAAUGACUUUUCAUAUAAAAAUUGAUAUUCUCUUGUAUACUUUCUUGUGCUCUUUGCUCGGUAUCUUAAUGACAAGUCAGAGUACCGAAACUGAUAUUUACUGUUUAAAAUCACUUAAGAAUUCAAUCCAAGAUCCAAAUAAUUUCUUUCAAAGCUGGAACUUCAACAACGAAACAGAAGGUUUCAUAUGUGAUUUUGUUGGUGUUGUUUGUUGGCAUCCUCAUGAAAAUAGAGUAUUGAAUCUUGAACUAUCUAAUAUGGGAUUGAAGGGUCAGUUUCCACGAGGGAUUGUGAAUUGCUCUUCAAUGACAGGUUUAGACCUUUCAAACAACGAGUUUUCGGGAACCAUCCCAUCUGAUAUAUCAAUCUUACUCAGAUAUGUUACGAAGUUUGAUCUCUCCAACAAUAAGUUUUCUGGUGAAAUUCCAAUUUCUUUUGCAAAUUGCACUUACUUGAAUUCUCUUAAACUUAACAAUAAUAUGUUAAGCGGUGAAAUUCCCAAACAACUUGAAUCCCUUCCUAGGCUUAAAGAGAUUUCUUUUGCUAACAACUAUCUGUCAGGGUCGAUGCCGGUAUUUUCAGGAAAGGUAAAUUUUAGUUAUGCUAACAAUAAUGGAGUUUGUGGGGGGUCAUUGAGACGUUGCUCCUUGGCACGUGACAUGCAAGAAGAUUUCCAUCAAUCGUUUAAGAAUGGUCUUAUUGUUGGUUAUGUUUUUUCAAUCAUUUCUUCUGUUAUGAUCACUUUUAUGUUUUACUCCAAAUGUGCGCGUUGGAUGCAUCAUUUGAAGAAGAGGAAAAACAAUUACCUAAACAAAGCUAUAGAAGUGGGAAAAUAUAUUUACUCCAUCAUUAGCAUGAUGAAACAGAUGGUAGUUAAUCAAAUACAUGAAUUGUUACCUAUGCGUUUGACAUGCAAAGAAAACAAAGAGAUCUCUGCAUUAUGUGAAAGUUUGACCUCAACAAUAUGGCUGGAGGAACUACGUGACGCAACAGAUUGUUUCACUAUUGACAAUGCCAUUGGGGUAGGAAAAAUGGGAAUGAUGUACGAAGGAUUUAUGCCUAAUGGUAAGUUAUUAGCUGUUAAGAGAUUAUUUCACUUUCAAAAUUUUAAAAGGCAGGUCCUUUUAGAAACAAGGAUUUUGUGCAAAUACAGACAUAGAAAUAUAAUUCCCUUGCUUGGGUUCUGUAUUGAAGGAAAGGAAAGAAUUUUGACAUAUGAAUAUAUGUCAAAUGGAAGGCUUUCCAAAUGGUUGCGUCCUUUAGAAAGUGAAGUCAUAAGAUUGAAAUGGCAUGAUAGGGUCAAAAUUGCACUUGGAAUUGCAAGAGGAUUAUCAUGGUUACAUCAUACAUGUGAUUUGUGCAUAGUGCAUUUUAAUAUAUGUUCUGAAUGCAUAUUGCUAGAUGAAAAUUUUGAACCCAAAAUAUCUAAUUUCGGGGAAGCAAAAUUUAUGAAUCCCAGCAUUGAAGAUCAUCUAGGGGUGAUAUUUAAAGUGAAUGAUGGGAAGAAAGAUGUAUAUGACUUUGGAAGUGUGCUUUUUGAAUUGAUUAUGGGAAAACCUUAUGAUGAAUUGUCUCAUUCAUAUGACACUACUAAUAUGUGUGGUAACCCUUUGAGUUUUUAUAAUGUAAUUGAUAAAUCUCUGACUGGUGAAGGACUUGACAAAGAAGUUUGUACUCUUCUAAAGAUUGCUUGUGAGUGUGUAAAGCCUUUACCAAACCAAAGGCCAACAAUGCUUGAAGUUUACAACAAUAUAAGUAAUUUAAGGAAAGAACAAGAUGGCUAUAUAGAUGAAAUUAUUGAGUUCUAA